AACUGUCGAGACACCAAGUCGAAGUCUCCCUCCACCAAUACCACGGAGGCCGACCGCUGCAGAGUUGGAGGGCGUGGCAACCGCCCGAUUGAGCGUUUCCGGUCCGUCCAAUCCGGCUCGAAGGUCGAGGAAAGCUUCGGCUGUUGAUACAUCAGCCCCAACCUCGGCGGCGGAUGAGGGGAGGCAUAUCGCCCCAGAAUGGGGCAUGGAGGAAGGCUUUACGUGGCCUGACACGGAGCCAAAUCCGAACGAUGAUCUCCAUGGAGACUCCGAGCCCGCUGAUCUCAGCAAGGCGGACAGCACACUUCUGUGGGACUCUCGCAACCAACUAGUGGAAAGCGACUAUGCCACCUCCACGGCGCAUUCACGGAAACAGAGCUUCGAUGCAGGGAGUUUGGGUGAUGUGGGUACCCGUCGCCGGGUGGAUCACAUACGGUCCUGAUGACCAUACCCUUCCGUUCUCCACUAUGGAGCGAGAUAUCGCUGGCGACCAGUACGCCUUGGCUUGGGAGACAGACACGCUUCAAGAGCUGGGAAGCGCUUUAAAGCUUCUGGUCGGCGAGGUUGCCAGUUUCCUUGUGCAGCAGGGCUUGUCUGCGACCGUCUUGUCAACGCUCAUGCUGGGACUUGCUGGCCCACUGUGGGUCAUGAAGCUUAGUUAUCUGGUAGACAACCCGUGGGGCAUAGGCUUGAGCAAAGCCAACAAGGCUGGCAAGAUCUUGGCCGACACAUUGAUACAAGGUGUGCAGGACAAUAGACCGGUCACGUUGAUCGGAUACUCUCUCGGCGCCAGAGUCAUUUUCCACUGCCUGCUCGAACUCGCCAGCCGUGGUGCGUACGGUAUCGUGGAAGAAGUGUACCUUCUCGGAUGUCCCGUAAUGGCACAAAAGAAGGAAUGGGAACAAAUAUCUUCCGUCGUCUCCGGUCGCCUUGUGAACGGAUACUCUACGAACGACAUGGUUCUCGGAGUUUUGUAUAGAGCCAGCGUUGCUGUUUGGAACAACGUAGCAGGCCUACGUCCUGUUGAAGGCGUGGCGGCGGUGGAGAACAUCUCACUUGAUGAUGUGAUCCAAGGGCAUCUGGAUUACCGUCUUUGUAUGCCGAAAGUACUAGAGAAGCUCGGAUUCCCGAUAACGAAAGAUUAUUUCGGAUUGAAGAAGAAGCAGGAAGAGUACGAAGAGAAAGUACGGAAAAAGAAGGAAGAGCAGGAACGGAAGCAGCGGGAAAGGGAAGAGCGGGACCGACUCAAACAGGAGCAGCGUGCUGCGGAGUUGGCAAGUGCUGGUAGCCAACCGCGACGGAGUUGGUUCUCGCGGAGGAGCAUUCCUCCUCCUACUCCGAAGACACCUACGGAAGCGACGGAUGAUAUCGAUGAGCAGUGGACACCGAAAGAGAUUCAAAGCACACUGCCGCCUCUGGUGAUUACUGCUGACGAGGACCAGAUGUUCGUUCCCAAGGAGAUCCAAAGCACGCUCCCGCCAUUGGUUAUCCGCACGAUCCACUUCCCCGAGGACGUGUCCGGAGCCAGUACUCCUCAAACAACGGGGGUCGAUGAGCUGGCAGAGGCCCGAUCGGAUCUUCAAGCCGCCCAAGCGGAAGUGGACGCCGCCAAAAAGGAAGUACAUCAAGCCCGACGAGCCGUGGCUGCUGCAACCCUUCUUUCCAAAACAGCGGCACAGCAACACCCGGCCGAGAUUCCCAAGAUCGCAACCGACCUGGACGACGAAUACCUGAAGAAAGUUUUGCUUGCGGCAGGACCCUCGAGCGCAGGUGCUGGGGACUUAUUGGACUCGCAUCGGGCCGAGUCUCCCGUUCUCGAAGAUCCGGAAUCGGCUACGCCUACAGGCGUACCACCCGUGUUGGAAGAUCAGGCAGCGUGGAGGAUAGGGACGCCCGAUCGGGAACUAUCGAUCGCGUUACCUUUCACGGCUGCAUCGCCUGGCGGAGCUGUUUCGAACACAUCAGAUGUUACGUCGUCGAAUUCGGCGUUUGUGGAUGCUGAGGAGAACCCUUGGUCUGGCUGAUCUGCCAACGGAAAGAGCGCGGAUGGUCGAAUGCAAUGCCCUUGGCCUCGUGUCAAGCAGCCCAUCAGUGCCGCGCAGUGGUGUGUUGGAGGAACCCAAGAACCACAAAUCUGGAAUCUCCGCGGUCGCAUCCUCUCGCA